CUUCCUCUGCUGGGAAGGAAUGGGAGGCUGGGUCCCCAAUUGGACCCCCUGUCUUCUCCCUUCCUCUGGGCAGGGGACAGAGAGGCCUAGGCCCAGGAAGUAGGGACUGACUUCCUCUUGUCCGGGAAUGAGCCUCUCUGCCCUUUGCAAGCAGGUUUGGGUCUCUCACGCAGAGGAAAUCAAAACCAGUAAGAGGGAGGGGAAACUAAGCAACCAAUCAAGGGCAGGGUGAGACUCAAAACCAGCGGGCUCCCCGGGGAGCAGCCAGAGCUGGGGGCCAUGGCCGAGCUGCAGCAGCUACAGGAGUUUGAGAUCCCCACGGGCCGGGAGGCUCUGCGGGGUAACCACAGCGCCCUGCUGCGGGUCGCCAACUACUGUGAGGACAAUUAUGUACAGACCACAGACAAGCGAAAGGCGCUGGAGGAGACCAAGGCCUUCACCAUCCAGGCACUGGCCAGUGUGGCCUACCAGGUGGGCAACCUGGCGGGGCACACUAUGCGCAUGUUGGACUUGCAGGCGGCCUCUCUGCGGCAGGUGGAAGCCCAUGUCAGCACGCUGGGCCAGAUGGUGAACAUGCACAUGGAGAAGGUGGCCCGAAGGGAGAUCGGCACCUUGGCUGCUGUCCAGCGGCUGCCCCCCAGCCAGAAGGUCAUCCCUCCUGAGAGCCUACCCACCCUCACACCUUACUACAGAAAACCCCUCAACUUUGGCUGCCUGGAUGAAAUUGGACAUGGGAUCAAGGACAUGAGCACGCAGCUGUCGCGGACUGGCACUCUGUCUCGAAAAAGCAUCAAGGCUCCUGCCACACCCGCCUCCACCACCCUAGGGAGGCCGCCCCGGAUCCCCGAGCCCGUGCAGCUCCCAGUGGUGCCCGACGGCCACCUCUCCGCCGCCUCGUCAGUCUCGUCCCUGGCCUCGGCCGGCAGCGCCGAAGGCGUCACUGGGGUCUCCACGACCAAGGGGCAGGCGGUCCCCCCACCCCCACCUCUUCCCAGCUCCAUGGUCCCACCUCCACCAGCAGCUGACCUCUUCCUGCUGCCCACUCCGCUGGAGCUGAUCCCACCCCCGCCUGUCCAGGAGUUGCCCCUGCCCAUGGACCUGCCCCCACCGCCAAUCCUGGAUGUAGAUGAACUGGAGCUACCACCUCCGCCACCCCCAGGUUUUGGCCCUGAUGACCCCAGCUGGGUCCCUACUGCAUACUUGGAGAAAGUGGUGACGCUGUACCCAUAUACUCGCCAGAAGGACAACGAACUCUCCUUUUCUGAGGGUACAGUCAUCUGCGUCACCCGUCGCUACUCGGAUGGCUGGUGUGAGGGCGUCAGUUCAGAGGGUGCUGGAUUCUUCCCUGGGAACUACGUGAAGCCCAGCUGCUCAUUUGAGUGA